CGCACGCGCAGAUUGGUAAAAAGUCUGUCCACUAACUGCGACUGCGCAGUGCAUAACAACAUGAGUGCGAACACACAAGCAAUCAGUUGUAUUUCCAUGAUUUUUAGAAGCAGGUAGACAAACCUCUUAUCAUACAAACAACAACUUGGGUAGUAAAAAUGUGGUAUGCGUUUGGUUUCAAUGGAUUUAAUCAAAUAAUGUCCAAAGAGGAGUGUGCUGGAGAAAGUAGCGACAUCGUCAAAGUUACAGUCCCUACAAAAAUCCGAUGCUGCAAGUUCCAAGGGAAACCUGUCACAAACAACGAACAGAGCUAUGUGGGGACAAAUACAAGACGAAUCAGAGCGAGUUGGAGUCGACGAGCGACACUACAUGAUGCUGAAGGUGAAGAUGGACGUGUAUGCUUGUCAGGUUUUGGGGAAGGGCCCCUUCACCAGGCUUGCUGUGGCAGUUGCCUGCAGGACAGCCGCGGGUGCAGAGAUGCAGACAUCAGUGAAGGUUUUUUGACCUUGGCUUUCUCAGACAGAGUGAAGUGCUGGGAUUUGAACCGCAAUGACACAAAACCAGUGUGGAGCAUGGAGAUAAAGACUUCAGAUGAAGCAGGACAACAACUUGCAUUUCCGUUAGUUCCAGGAGGAUACAUAUCCUCUAAACCUCCAUUCUACCAUUCCCUCUCACCACAACUGCGGGCCCGGAGCCUCGUUGUGGGGACAGAGCACGUCAUACUAUUGACUGCCUCCGGAGCUGUCUACACCUGGGGCUAUGGCAGCCACGGUCAGCUGGGUCAUGGAGAGUUGAGUGCAGAGGAGGAACCCAGAGCAGUGGAGGCAUUAUGGGGGCUGCCUAUGAGCAGCGUGGCUGCUGGGGGUUGGCACUCUGCUGGCAUCAGUGUUGGGGGUGAUCUGUAUGUGUGGGGCUGGAAUGAGAGCGGCCAGUUGGGUCUGCCAGCACAGGCACUGAGAGGAAAGAAGCAGAGGACCAGGCAACACACAGGUGCUAGCACGUCCACAUGUGUGGAGACUGAAGAAGGAGAGAAGAGUGUGGAGGUGUUCAUAUCUAUCCAGGCUUUCCCUGGCCUGCUUGACAUCACAGAGUCAUGUGACAUCAGCAUGGUUAGCUGUGGGUCACGCCACACGGCAGCUGUUACAAGCACAGGUGAUCUCUACACUUGGGGCUGGGGUGAAUAUGGCCAGCUUGGAGAUGGGACUUUAAGGAGUUCAGACGAGCCAGGAAGGCUAGACUUCUUCAAAGACAAGGGUUUACAUGUGGUGGACAUAGUGUGUGGACCAUGGAAUACUUUUGUGGGUGUUAAAGAGGAAAGGACUCCCUCCUUAACAUCAAUAUAACUGGCUUUGAAACUGAGGACUCUAAUGACUUAAACAACAAAUCGAAAUGGUUUAUCUUGAGGUACUGUAUUUGUAAAAUAUAUAAACGGUUAUUUUUUCUAAUAGAUUAUAUAAAAGGUCUACAUUCUAAAAAUAUAAGUUUAAAUUUUUCUAUAAAUACGUUUUUUACUUAUUUAUACAAUACAGUGAAAAGUAUUAUUGCACAGACAAUCUGUAAAAGACAAUAGCUCAUUCACACAGAAUUGGAAAAGCUACCAAAUGGAGAAUGUAUAAAUUAAGGCAAUUUAAAUGUAUUCAUCAAGAAGAAAAAAUUGCAGAAAUAUGACAUUUGCAGAGGAGUUUUCAUGUCCUGGUGUAGACCUUACAACACAAUCUUGAAAGAACU